AUGGCCACAAUGCUGAAGCUGUGGACAGUGCUGGUGGCUGUAGCGCUGUGUGUGCUGGUGUGUCUGGGAACACUGGCGGACGCCUACCCACCCAAACCUGAGAACCCCGGUGAAGACGCCCCGCCCGAAGAGCUGGCCAAGUACUACACCGCCCUGAGACACUACAUCAAUCUGAUCACAAGGCAGAGGUAUGGAAAGCGCUCGGCUCAGGAGGAUAUGGUUGCAGAGCUCCUGUUUGGUGCCGACAGUAACAGAGACCAGAGAUCAAGAUAUGAUGAUUCCUACAUGUGGUGACUCCCCCUGCCCCCACCCUCCUCAUCUGGCAUUCCCUCUGAGUGUGUGUCCCACACUGCACCUGGAGGGGCCGAAGCGUGCCUCUGACCCCUCACCGCUGAGUCCUUGACCAUCACCGACCACAA